UUUCUUUGGGCUAUUUUCUAAAUAUAAACAGUGGCUGGUGACACAUGUGCACUUGUAUCUUGGCUUGAGCGACAUUUGUUUUCAUUUCAGGCAAUGAGUCCUAUUCACCAUUUCAACACAUCUCCACCUGUUGGCUCAGCAAAUACGUUUACUGCCUUGGUGUAUGGAGACAUGGGAGUAUCACCAGUACCGCGAGCUUAUAAGACAGCUGAGUAUGCAACACAAGAAGCUAUGAAUGGAACAGCAGCAUUUGUCUUUCAUAAUGGCGAUAUUUCAUAUGCAAGGGGAUUUGCCUACAUUUGGGAGCAAUGGCAUGCUGUAAUUGAGCCGUAUGCUACCAUCCUUCCAUAUAUGGUGGGUAUUGGAAACCAUGAACAGGACCACAUGAAGGGAGGGUCCAAAGAUCCCAGUGGGGCCCCUGGAGAAGGCUUCCAUCCUUGGUGGGCACCAGGAUAUGGGGUUGACUCUGGUGGCGAGUGUGGGGUGCCAAUGUACUACCGCUUUCACAUGCCUGAUAAUGGAAAUGCAGUGUGGUGGUAUAGCUUUGAUUAUGGCAGUGUCCACUUUAUGAUGAUGAGUACAGAGCAUAACUUUACACAAGGAUCACCGCAGUAUGAAUGGAUGGAAAAGGACUUGAAGAAUGUGAACCGCUCCCUAACUCCCUGGAUUGUGAUUGCAGGUCACCGAGCCAUGUACACAAGUCAAAUAGAGAUAGGGGACUACAUCAUCUCGAUUGGCAUGCAGGAGGCGUUCGAGCCGCUCUUAUAUGAAUACAAGGUCGAUCUCGCCUUCUGGGCUCAUUAUCACAGCUACGAGCGGACAUGCCCGGUGUAUCUUCAAAAAUGUACCCCAGGGGCACCUGUGCAUAUCGUAGUGGGAACGGCAGGAAAGAAUCUAGACACGGAGGAUUAUUUCCCUAUGAGCUGGUCGUUAUAUCACGAGAAUAAUUAUGGAUAUGGCCGGUUGACGCAGGCAAAUCGUUCGGCGCUGCACUGGGAAUGGGUUGAGAAUACCAGUGGAGUUGUCAAGGAUCACGUGUGGCUGACAAAAUGAUUUGUCUUUUCCAUUGCGCAUGUUUGAUACACGAAAGAUGAACAGUUUGCUGUAGCUUAUAAUAAAUUCAAUCACCCCUCCUUAACUUACUUUACUUGUAAGUUAUGUUGCUUCCACUUUGAUAUCAUUGAAGUCAAGUAGAAGUUUUGAUUUUUGCUUCCUUUUCAAAAGGCAUAUCGUGUCAUUUCAAGUGGCAAUUAUUGUGGCAGGCUGCGAGGUCUUUGAGUGUUGGCUUCAGUGAUGUGUCAACAAAGUCCAGUACAGUGAAACGUUCCGUGGACGACCUCGGUCGCUUUCUUUAUAUGGGAAAUAGUCACUUAGAAGUUUACAUAAAAUAAUUUGCCUGGUCAGGCUUGAAUGUUCCAUUUGUAUUUGCUCAAAGUGUAUUUGAAAUUAAAUUUAUACAUUUUUGUAGGAAAAUAAAAGACUUGGAUGCGAUUGUA